AUAGAUAAACAUAAAAAGUACAUAAUCCUGAAUUGUUUGUAUAAUGUUAUAAUAAUUUCAAAACAAUUUAAUCUGUAGAUUAUGUAAGCUGCAAUUUAAUAUAAAAGUAAUUUUUACUAUAACCAGAGUAAAAUUUGAAAAGGAAGUAUAAGAAUUCUUGGCCAGCUGUUAGGACGAACUAUGAGCUAUGGGAAAAGAAGAAUUUAUUAUUGGUGAGGGAGAAACAUUACGGGGGGAAUCAAGGAAGUGUCAGAGAUAAGAUAACUAUAUAUAUAUAUACACACACACAAAAUAAAUAAUAAGGUCCUACUAUAUAGUACAGGGAACUAUGUUCAGUAUUCUGUAAUAAACCAUAGUGAAACAAAAAGGAAGUGUCCGAAACAGACAUGUACAAUAAAAUGAGACUUAAUUUUGAUAUUUGUGGCUCAAGAUGAUAAUAGUACUGUAUGACCUGCCACAACCAUUUUCUCCCCAACACCAUCCCUUAUUCUUCUGGCUCACUAGGCUCCAGCCACACUAACCUCAUGACUGCUACUCAAACACAUCCAGCAUGACCCCGACAGAGAGGCUUGGCACCUGUUCCUCCCACUGCGGGAAAGCCUUUCCUCGAGACACCCACUUGACUUGACAGCACAACUCCAUAACAUUUUCUGCCCUCUUCUGUGUGCUUUACUUUCCUUUGCGCCUUUAUCUUCACGUGAAAUAUUAGGUGGUUCACGCGUGUAUCUUUUUUUGUCUGUGUCAUGGUUGGGAAUUACAGUGACAUGACCCUGCUUUUCCUGCAGGUUCCACAUUCAGCAGGACCACUUACGGCCCCUGCGCUGGGCACUGUGACCUUUGAGGAGGUGGCUGUGUACUUUUCCCAGGAUGAAUGGAGGCUCCUUGAUGAGGCUCAGAGACUCCUGUACCGGGAUGUGAUGCUGGAGAACUUUGUACUGGUUGCAUCACUGGGUUGUUGGCACCGAGCAGAGGACAAGGAGACAACUUGUGUGCAAGAAGUUUCUGGAAAAGGGCCACAAGUAAAUACUUCAAAGGCAGACCUGUCCACCCAGAAGGCCUACCCCUGGGAGUUACGUAGCCUGGACUUAGAAGGUGGUUUCUAUCUAGCUGAGGACCUGGGAACAAUCUCUGGCCAGAAACCACGUGGGGCAGGUGUGAAAUUUCCCCAGCACAGUGGAGAGAAAGUCUUUAAAAGAGACGUGCGUAAGGCCUUUAUGAAGAGCCGCAUAGUCCAUGCGUCCAAGAAGUCUUCCACAUGUCAGGAGGCUGGGACGGAUUCCACUGGUAGCUCUGGCCGCCUCCAGCACCAGGUCACACCACAGAAGGACACCGAGUGUGUGGAGGCCUCUCACAGUGGACAGAGGCACUACAAGUGCGGUGAAUGUGGGAAAGCCUUCUGCCGCAAAUACAGACUUGCUCAGCACCAGAGAGUCCACACUGGAGAAAGGCCUUAUAAGUGCAGCGAAUGUGGGAAAACCUUCAGCUAUAAACACAUUCUUGUUCAGCACCGGAGGGUCCACACUGGAGAAAGGCCGUAUGAGUGCAGCGAGUGUGGGAAGGCCUUCAGCAACAAACCCACACUUGUUCGGCACCAGCGCAUUCACACCGGAGAGAGGCCUUACGAGUGCAGCGAGUGUGGGAAACUCUUCAGCCAGAGCUCUAGCCUUAGUGAACAUCAGAGAAUUCACACUGGGUCACGGCCCUAUAAAUGCAGUGAAUGUGGAAAAUUCUUUACUUCCAACUCCAACCUAAUUAAACACCAGAGAGUCCACACGGGAACAAGGCCUUAUGAGUGCAGUGAGUGUGGGAAAUUCUUUAACCAAAGUCCCAGCCUCAUUAAACAUCAGAGAAUCCACACUGGGGAAAGGCCAUAUGAAUGUACCGAAUGUGGGAAACUUUUUAGCCAGAGCUCUACUCUAAUUAAGCACCAGAGGGUUCACACUGGAGCAAGGCCUUAUAAGUGCACAGACUGUGGGAAACUUUUUAGCCAAAGCUUUGGCCUCACUCAGCAUCAGAAAGUUCACACUGGAGAAAGACCAUAUGAGUGCACAGAAUGCGGUGAAUGCUUUAGCCAGAGCACCCAACUUACUCAGCACCGAAAAGUUCACAGGGGAGAAAGGCCUCUGGAUUGCAGCAAAUGUGGAAAAGUCUUCAGUCAGCAGUCUGCUCUGAUUGCGCACCAGAAACUUCACAGCCCAGACAGGCCUUCCGAGUGCCGUGAGUGUGGGAAAGCGUUCAGCAGACGGUCUAACCUCAUUCGCCACCAGAAAGUUCACGCUGGAGAAAAGCCGUCGAAUGAGACGGGGACGGCAGGGGAUCAGCUACGUCCUUGUUGACCGCGUCACACUGAACAGGCUUUGUCCGGGAGCCAUCGACCUGAAGUCGAACACCAUACACCUGAACAUCCAUUGUGUGGAGACUGCCUGGGAGUACCAGGCUCGUAGGCAGCUUGGAAGGAGCACACUGUACUUUCUAACCUGCCCAGCGCCCUUGCCAGACUUCCGUCGCUGAGUUCUGUGGUAGAAGUCAUCUUACCUCUACCAAGUGGCAGAUCGCCCCACUGGGCAUCCGUCAUCUGUGAGCUGUGUGACCUUCGUGCGUGCCAUCACCUGGAGGGAAGCGUGAGCAGUCUGAGCGCUCUGGUGUUCUGUCUUCCGCCUGACUGCCCAGGACACGGCCCUAACUGAGACGCCUUGAACAGGACCCGGUCUGGGUCCGCCAGUGGCUUCCAGAGGUCCCCUUCUUCAGUGGCACUGUCCCUCGUAGCGCCCAGGAUGGAUCUUUCUUGCUCCACGUGACCCAGUUUCGGAACUUUGUAUACCUUGGUGGGAACAGUAUAACGGCAGAGAAUGGUUUUCACUUCAGCUUGGUCUAAUUUGCUUUCUUGUCCAAGGCCUCCUGGUGCAGACUACAGGGCUUUGUGUGACUAACCUUGUGACAUAAUGUAAAGGGCUUUAGGAUUCCCAUAGUGGCUCUAGCUUGUUUAUCUCAAGGCCAUUGAUGCACAUGAAUGAGAGUGGAAAUCAUCUAGUCCAGGGAUGUGACUUUUAUGACUCAGGUAGAGUUCUUGGACAGCUCAAGUGAACACGUCUUUCUCGGCUCGCCAGCGUUCUUUGCUACUGCGGCAGAGUCCCUCCCAUGAGGUAGGAGAGGUGAUGGAGUUAACUUGUGGUUGCCAGAGUUCCUUCCACUUUUCCAAAAAGGAGGUUCAGACUUUAUGUAAAGCCAAUUUCUGCUAAAACUUCAUUGAGCUAGACUGCUGGUAUUCAAAGCACCGAACGUGCUGAAAAUGUACAGCGUGGUUGGUGUUACUAUGUAAGCCCACAGAACUGCGGUCAUGACGACCGUCCAUCGCUUCCAGAGCUACCUUCUGACAUCUCUCCCCAGACGGCCAGGCGACUACCAUUGAUUUACUGCCUUUCACAUUCAUGUUUGCCUUGUUCUCUCGCGGUGCAGAAUCAUUUUGAGAAUCAUCCAGUGGCAGAUGUGAAUAGUGCGUUUUUUUAAAUUCCUGAAAGAUACACUGUUUGUAUAUACUGUCAUUUGACUGGGUUUAUCCAUUCAUCUGUUAACGGAUAAAUGGGGUUUUGUGGUUUGUUUCCAGUAUGGCUAUCACAGAUAUGCUUACUGUGAACCAUGUACAUAAAAUUCUUUAUUUGAAUAUAUAGUUUCAUAUUCUGAAGUGAAUGGCUGUACCCUUUUGCCUCCCCACCUGGAGUACAAGAGCAUUCCAGUUCCCCUUUGCUCCUCACCAGCAUGGUUUUUUAAAGUGUGUAGUGGUAUCUCACUGUGGUCUGAUUGCAUUUUCCUAAUGAUUGAUGAUCUUGGACAUUUUUAAUGUGUUGCCAGCUGUGUAUCUUUGAUAGAGUGUUUUAUUGAAGUAUAGCUGAUUUAUAAUGUAUUAAUGAAAUGUCUGUUCAUCUUAUUUAUUUACCACUUGGUAAUGAAUGUUGGCUGGUAUUUCCCUUCUAAUAACUGAGAAGACAAUAAAUGUGUUGGAACGUCACUGCCUUCAGGGACUUUGCUGGGUGGAAUAAAAUGUUUGUGCUGUCAUCCAUAA